AUGGGUGUCCCUAAGUUUUAUCGUUGGAUUAGUGAGCGCUAUCCAUGUCUAAGUGAAGUUGUUCGAGAACAUCAAAUUCCAGACUUCGAUAAUUUAUAUUUGGAUAUGAAUGGAAUAAUACAUACCUGUUCUCACCCUAAUGAUGAUGAUCCGCACUUUAGAAUUACUGAAGAAAAGAUAUUUGCUGGAAUUUGCCAUUAUCUGGAUUUUCUUUUCAAAAUGAUUAAGCCAAGGAAAGUAUUUUUCAUGGCUGUUGAUGGUGUUGCUCCAAGAGCUAAAAUGAACCAACAAAGAGGGCGAAGGUUUCGUACUGCCAAAGAAGCUGUAACUCUCGAGCAAAUGGCCAUUGACAGUGGAGAAAUGUUACCGAAAGAAGCUAGGUUCGAUUCUAACUGCAUAACGCCAGGUACAGGUUUCAUGGCAAGGCUUCAUACCAUAUUAAAGAGCUUCGUUGUGUAUAAAAUAUCAACCGACAUUCUGUGGCGAAAUGUGAGAGUAUAUCUUUCUGGACACGAAACUCCUGGUGAAGGAGAGCAUAAAAUAAUGGAUUUCAUAAGGCAUGAAAAAUCCCAACCAAAUUACAACCCAAAUACCAGACAUUGUUUGUAUGGACUUGAUGCUGACUUAAUCAUGCUUGGCCUGUGCUCUCAUGAACCUUAUUUCAGUUUAUUGAGAGAAGAAGUAAAAUUUGGCAGCAAAAAUAACCAGAAAAGGUUAACAUCGCCUGAAGAGACUACAUUUCACUUGCUUCAUAUUUCAUUGUUACGAGAUUACUUAGGCCAUGAGUUUGCUCCUGUCAAAGACAAACUUCAAUUUGAAUUCAAUAUUGAGUAUAUUAUUGAUGAUUUUGUCUUGAUGAGCUUUCUUGUAGGCAAUGAUUUUAUUCCACAUUUGCCACAGCUUCAUAUUCAUCAUGAUGCUUUACCCGUUUUGUUUAGAACUUAUAUUGAUGUACUGCCAAAUUUAAGUGGCUAUAUAAAUGAGCAAGGGCAUUUGAAUUUAGAACGCUUUGAAGCAUUUUUAAAUAAACUUGCUGAGUAUGAUUUUCAGAAGUUUGAAGAAAUUAAUGAUGAUUUCCAGUAUUUGGAAUCUAAAUCAAGAAAAAGCGAAAAAAAUGAAAAUGAUAAAGUUAAAACCUCUAACUUUUUAUCAGAUUUAGGCUUUAGCAAUAUGGCCAUUAGUAAAACUGCCGAGUUUGAUUCCUCAAGCGAAGAUGACGAUUCCGGGGAAGAUGAUGAUGACAGUGAUGAUGAUGCAAAUUCUACUCUGGAACUUGAAUUCAACAUGCACAAAGUUGAUUACUAUACUAGUAAAUUAGAGUUUGACGAAGUUACUCCUGAAGUUAUGCGAGAUCAAGCUGAAGGUUAUGUUCGAGCUAUACAAUGGAACUUGCAUUAUUAUUAUGAUGGUGUUGUCUCUUGGAGUUGGUAUUAUCCUCAUCAUUAUUCACCAUAUAUAUCUGAUAUUAGGAACUUCCAAAAUAUGGAAAUGACAUUUGAAUUGGGCAAACCAUUUUUGCCGUUUCAACAGCUAUUGGCUGUUUUACCAAAACUGAGCAAAGAUCUUCUUCCACUAUCAUAUCAAAAAUUGAUGUGUGACAAAGAUUCACCAUUAAUUGAUUACUAUCCAGAUGACUUUGAAACUGAUUUAAAUGGUAAGCAGCAACCAUGGGAAGCUAUUGUUUUAAUACCAUUCAUUAAUGAAAAGCUAUUGCUUAAAUUUGCUGAAUUAGCAGAUAAAAAUUUGACUGAAGAAGAAAAACUGAGAAAUCGUCAUGGUCCGCAUCUUUUGUACACAUAUACUGAAAAGAGUUUUGGAUCUAUGCCAUCAUUCUUACCUGGAUACUAUCCUGAAGUUAGUAAUAUUCAUGCUGAAGUUCAGACACUUGAACCAGAUUUCUUCAGGUUACCUUCAAAUAAUAUUUUCAAAGGACUCUGUAAAGAUGUUGAUAUGAGUAAGUUCAUUAUCGGUUUCCCUACUUUAAGGACAUUAAAGCAUACAGCUCAUUUGAAAAACGAACGAGUUAGAGUGUUUCAAAUGGUUAGUCAAAAAUUAAACAUGAUGUUAACGUUGAUGGAACCUGUUGAAAAUGACAUAAGCAAAGUUGCAGACAAAAUUCUUGGUAAAAGUAUUCUUGUUUCUUGGCCUCAUUUAAGAGAAGCAAUGGUAUGUGCAGUAUCCAAUGGAAAACUUCGUAUUUCUCUUAGAAAAAAUGAAGAUUCUAGUUUAAAAGUUACAGAAGAUGAAUUGAACUCAAGAGAACAAGAUAUUUGGACAAAGCAAGUUGAAAGUUUUGAGGAACAUUACCGGGAACGAUGGGGCAUUUAUUCAGGUGAUGUAGACAUUCUUGUGUCUGUGAAGUGUUUAAGUGGUGUGAAAUUUGUUCUUUCCAACAAAGAUGGUAAAGUAGUUGAAGAAAAAAUUUGGGAAAAUUCUCUAAGCCAGUUUGCUCUUCAAGCAACUGUUUGGGACCUCAGUGCUUUUCAGUUUAAAGUGGAUAAGAGUACUGAAACAAGAUGUUUAUUUCCUGGUCUUACUGUUUUUAUUCUUUCUCCUAUUUAUUAUGGCUGCAUGGGUACUGUCUUUGAUUGUGAUGUAACUAAAAAUAAGGGAUUUGUAGUGGUAGAUGUUGAAUUAACAUCUGAACCAGAUUUGCAAUCAGUCAUACACAAUGAAGAAGAGUUAAAAUCAGAACAAUAUAUGCCAAGUUACAUUGCAGCCCAACAGUUAGGUUUAGACUCACAUUUUAUUUCACGCUUAACUGGCACAUUCUUAAUUCAGACAACUCCCAAAGGAAGUACCAAGCCCAAUUGUGUUAAUAUUGGGUUGAAUUUGAAAUUUAAUCGUAAAAAUGAAGAGGUGCAAGGAUUUUCCAAAAAGAAAGAUAAUCACUGGCUGUAUUCAGCUGAAGCUGUAAAAACUUUAAAUUUAUAUCUGUCCCUAUUUGCAGAGUUCUUUGAAAAACUUUAUAGACACAAAAAUGAUGAUGUUGUUUACUUGGAAGAUAUAUAUCCUGAUGGUGAUGGACAAAAAGUUGUUGAAAAUAUGUCCAACUGGUUGAAAUCUCAAUCCUGUUCUUUAGCAGAUCGCCAGCAGUGUGGUAUGGAAAUGCUAGAUGUUGGAGUUGUUGCGGCCAUAGAUCGAAAAGUUCAAGCAAUAGCAAAAGAUGAUGUGUACCAUCUAAAGAAAAAUAUAUUGCCUAGUCAACUAUUUAGUCCUUUCCUUUGUAAGGGUGUUCAUAUGCCUGAUCCUACGACAUCAUUUUAUUUAUUUGACAGAGUUAUUAACGUGUCUAAUACCACCAGUGUUCCACUUGGCCUAAAAGGAACUAUUAUUGGAAUUAGACCAGGUGACAAAGAAUCUAAUUUUCGUUACCAAGUUUUGUUCGAUAAAGAGUUUAUGGGGGGAGUCUCUAUGCUAGGUUCUGCUCCAAAGUGCAGCUCAAUGUCUCCUCAUGCUCUUAUUAAUUUAUCUCAUAGUGAUCGACUUAAGAAAAAAUAUUCUCCUGUAAAAACUCCAAAGCAUGUUAUACCAAGACUAAAUCGAACAAAUUUGUUUGAUUCUGCUCUUAAGCAAUUGCAAACUGGUAACUCUGUUUCACCUGUACAUGUACUUCAGAAUAAAACUGUUGGCUCAAAUGUUCUUCCGAGCCCUCCAUUUUAUAAAGCAAAUGUUGAUAUUUUUAGUACUCAGUAUCAGCAAUGCAUAAAUCAAAGAUUCCCUGCUCCUACUGUCUCACCUAACAACCAACAGUUUGUUACCCCAAAAGCAUCUCAUGCGAGCAGCAAAAUUUUUGAGAGGAACGCACCUAACAAUCAGACUGAUUAUCAGUCCUUGUGGUCCGACUUAAAAAAGGGGCCUGCAGAAAGUUCUCCAAAGUCCUCUGAACAUCCAAUAUAUGGGAAACAAGUUUCUGUUGAAGAACUAUUUCAAGGGGCAAGAAAUAACAAAGAUGUACCCAAGCAGCAGGCAGUAAAUAUUGACAAUAGAUUGCCUGCUAGCAAUUCAUAUCAAGCAAUUGAUGCACUACUCCAAUAUUGCAUCGAGAAGUUCGGCGAACCGCCUUUAUAUACAUAUAGUAAUUACGGUAGCAUGGAUAUGUUUGUCGCUAUUUUAAAGCUUCCUAAUGGUCAAAAAAUAGCAAGCAUACCAUGUCUACACAAACCUGAUGCUGCUUCAAAUGCAGCAGAGAAAGCUUUAGCUGUUCUAAAUAUCAAACAAAAUUUCUAUAAUACUAACAUUUGUGACAAUGUGAUGAACUUACCACCGCCUGCACAAAAUACUUUUCAAAAUCAACCAAUGCUUUUCAUUCCUAAUACGAAGUUUCCACCUCCUCCUCAUGCUUUCCCACCUUUUAGACCACCCUCUUUUGACCAACCACUCAUACGCAAUCCUAUACCCCUCCAUUUGAAUCACAUGCCAGAUGCUUUCAUACGGACCCCUCAAGCAACACCUAAUCUGGACGUUCUUUCACCUAGCACUGGUCAUCAAAAUAUUCCAUCUCAAGCAAGCAAUUCUGUUUCAGAGAAGGAAAUAUUUCACCUUCCUGGUGGCGGUACUUUUACAGUAAAAAAUAGCUUAAAACCGUGUGAUACUUCGAAUUCUAAUUUAUUUGUUCCUACUCAAGUGAGAAAGAAGGAGGCAUUGAAGUUACAUGACUCUUUUGAAUUGUCUCCAGAAGACUGGCCCGAUUUACCUGUGAAAAAAACUGAUAAUGAUCAGUUUCCAUCUUCAUCAAACAUUACUUUCUCAAGUAAAGUAUCCAGUGAACCUGCUAACUCUUACCUUAAAAAUUCAGCACUUUCUUCCCCGAUGAAUAUUGCGGCGAAUAAAAAUGACUCUUCCAAACUAACUGUUCUAAAACCUAAAGCAAAAAGUAGGCUUGCUGCUAACUUCCAGAAUCCAUGAGUAUGACAAAGAAAAAAAGCAAAAUUAAAAUGAUCCACAUUUUUUUUUUUUUCAAAAAUGUGAUGAAAUCAUGGGUGAUAUCUGUGUAACCAGUGGAAUUUUGAAUGCAGCUCCUAUUUAAUUUAUUCUUUGACAAAUGACUUGGUUCAGACUAAGAACUGACUGAUCAAUGAUUAUGUUUAUUUUGCUUCAUUUUAGGAGUGUGCAAACCUUCCUGCCAACUGAUGAAUUGUUUUUAUUUGUAUAAUAGAAAACAAUUUUAAGAAAAUUAAACAGUGUUGCAUGCAUUUUAAUGUUUUAAGCGAAAUGUAAAUUUUUAUAGUUGGUAACAUGUUCUAUCUGCAAUAACGUUAUUUUUAACGAGUUACAUGCAUUUAUUGACCCUGUACUUUUCUAAGAUAAAUCUUGAUUAAUCAAUUGAAGAGAAAAGUAUAUUGAAUUUUAAGAUAAAAGCAAGUUGUAAAUUCAUCAUGGGCUGACAUUUUUGUGAAUAUUCUCUAUUAAAAGAAAUAUCUUAGGAGCAAUCAAACAGUUAAUUUUUAUUUCUUAAAUAACUACUGAUAUUUUUGUAUCUUUUACUUUCUUUAUUUGCUGCAUUUGUUAUUACUUUUUCCCAUACAAGGUUUUAUAUGUUGAAAAAACUUAAGUAUAAUUCUCUUUUUGAAUAUCACGUAUCCAUAAACAUAUUUUUUCCAGUUAAUUUUUUUAGGUACUGCAUGUUUUCAAAUAUCACCAAAAUCAUUGACCCAAAUUUGAUCCAUACUUUCAAAUCAAUUUUAAAUACAUCUUUCUGUGGCUUUUCUUCAGAAAAGAACAAUCAUUUUAACUAGAAACAUAGAUGCCCAUAUGGGGGACGGGAAGCUCAAGGCCCCCCCCCCCCCCUAGAAAUGAGCACUUCCUUGCUUUUAGUACUUUUUUUCUUUGCAAAAAUAUAAAAACAUUUCUUCUGCAGCUAUUAAUAAGUUAUUCUAAAUGUCAAAUAUUAAUUACUCUAAUCUGUACUGAAAUCGGUUCCCAUGGGGAAAAUAUCUUGCUAAACCAUAGAAAAAUUAUCCGAGUCCUCCCUUAAAAUUUUGCACAUGGGUGCUCAUGACUUGAAACAAUUUGCCUGAUAAUAUGCAAUCUACAGUUCUAAAUCUUCAUGUUCUAUAUUUAUGUAGCAUAUCUAAUGCAGUGUCAUUAUCUAUUUCUAUCAUGAGUGCACACAUAUAAAUCCUUGAAGAUAAUAAUGACUAUUUGUUCAAGACUAAUUAUAAAAGAAAACAUUUGAUAAAGUUUCUGAAGAUUGUUAAAUGCCCCUGCUCGACAUAGAAUUUGCUUCAAAAUAAAAGAAAAAAAAUUAUUUUCAUCUUCAGAAGUUUCUUCUCUUCUGCUAAAAAGUUAAAUAUUUUGUUUUUAAAACACAUUUUAGCACAUAUAGUAAAAUUCUGUUUUAAGAUCAUUCAAGAGAAAGAUAUUUCUAAUGCCAUUAUCAAUCAUCCCCACUCUUUCACACACACACACAAAAAAAAAAGAUUUUUUGCCAAUUAUUAAGGUGAAUUCCAUUUGUGACAGACAUGACAGAAAACAACUUUUUUUGUUGAUUUUCAAGUAGUAAAUGUUAAUUAUUAAAAACUUGCGAUAAGGUGAUGUUAAUAUUGACCUCAGCUAUAAUAAACACUGAAAUUUGGACUCAAGAACAAAUAUUUUAAACUAAUUGGGUUAAAACCUGCUGUGACAGACAUGACAAAAUUGCGACAUAGAUUUUAUGUGACCAUAUGUUAGUACCAUUUGCUCUUCGUAUUUACAAAGUAGUAGUGGAAGCUACCUUGGAUUAGGAAGGAAUUAUGAACAGCAACUACGAGGUCAGUGGGUGUUUCAUGUUCAUUUGAAUUUAAUAAGGCUUUAGUUCUCAAAAUAAAGAAGGAAAUUUUGUCCUUCUACUCCUCCUUUCCUCAUCCUAUCCGUUACUAGGUAUCGUCAGAUUUUUCAGUGUCUGUUACUAGAGGUCGGACCUUUUUUUAACACGCUUUUAUUAGCUUCACCUGUAUGUAUGUAUGUAUGUAUGUUUGUAUCUUGUAACGGAAUCUUGCACCUCAAAUUUCGGCCACUUCCUGCGAUCGGAUUCUUUUGAAAUUUGGCACGGGACCGCAACCCGAUGACAAUGCAAUAUUGUAUAAUCAAAUUAAUUAACUCUUUUAAUUGUUAGAUUCCUUCAAUUUUGUUCAAUAUUUUGGCAUAAAUCCAACAAUGUAAAAAAGGAAAAAUUUUAAAAAAUACAUUAAAAAAUAUUCGCAAAAAUUGUUUAAAAAUAUCCACAAAAACCUUUAAUUUUUCUGCAUCAGACAAAAUUUGUUCCAAUGUUCCAAGGUAAUUAGAACAUGAAAUAUAAUUGUUUUUAACUAAUUUCAUGCCAAAAUUUAGGUGAGCCUUCAAUUGGAAAUUCAUUGCUGAUCAGACCAUUGUUGAACAAAACUUUUAUUCAAAUGCAUCUCAAAUUUUCAAAGUAAUAUAAAUAUGAUUUCCGCAAACAUACUUCGAUGACUCACAGUAGCUUCCCAUUGGGGUGCCAUUGUCUUAACUUUUAAGAUAUUAACUCGCACUCGUUUUAUAAAUAAUUUCGUCGCCUGAUAAUUCUCCAAUAUAAGACUAAAAAACAGAAAAAUAAAAUAAUAGUUUUAAAAACUAAAAAAACAUGCUUUUGUAGCAAAAUGAACUAAAAAGUGAAAAAUAAUCUUUGGAUGAUAGUAGUUGACCAAUCACUUAAUUUUAAUGUAAUACAAAAAAGCGUGGGGGGCUCCUUAUCAGUUCUCUUGAAUUUCUUCCAUUUGUUGUCCAAGCAAAAAUGUAAAUAGACAGCCCCCCCCCCCCCACGCUUUUUUUGUAUUACAUUAAAAUUAAGUGAUUGGUCAACUACAUCAUCCAAAGAUUAUUUUUCACUUUUUAAAACUGAGCAAAUAAAAAUAUAAUUAACUCAUUCAGAGGAUUAACAUCCAGAAGCAGCCAAAUGUUAGAUGAGAUGCAGUCGCAUCAGAGAAAAAUUGUUUAAAAAGUCUAAAUGCAUUAAAAGACUCAGAAAAUCAAGUUAACCUGAGAACAAUGUCUUAAGCAUGUCUGUUACUAAUGCCGUUACCCUAAUGAGUUGAAUUUAUUUAAAAAAACAGAAAAUAGGGUGUCUAAUAAUUACUAAACUGGCCAUUUAGUCCAAACUUAAAUCUAAUGGCAAAUGUGUGGGAACAUCUAGCACUGACAUUAUAUGAAAAUGGGAGCCAAUAUUGUUCGACCCAGGAUCUUAAAGAAAGCAUGGUAUAAACUGCUAUGAAGUCUCCCCAUAGGUAAUUACAAUAUUUGAUACUUUUGGUAGAACAAAGUUUGCGUGUUGUUGAAGUAGUUGGAGGUAAUGGAAAAACAAUUUCAUAUUAAAAUUUAUACCUAUGUUUCUGAACCUUAAAAUAUACUUGAUGAAUUAAAAAGUGUCUAUGAUUAUGGGACAUCUUAUUCUGCUUUUUGAAAUAAAUUCAACACAGGUUGUUGUAAUAAAUUAACACUAUCUUGUGUUUCACUUACUAUUUAUUAUUAUACACUUAUG